CUCCCAUGGCUCCUGCAGUUUUUCCAGCCUCCCUUCCUCUCUGUGUGUGCCUGGUGCUGGCCUCUGGCUUGGUCCAGGCAGGCAGGCUGCUGGUGGUGCCCAUGGAUGGGAGCCACUGGUUCACCAUGCAGAUGAUUGUGGAGAAACUGAGCCACAGAGGGCACGAGGUGGUGGUGGUCAUCCCAGAGGUGAGUUGGCACCUGGGAAAAUCACUGAAUUUCACAGUGAAAACUUACUCUGUACCUUACACUCUGGAAGAUUUAAACCACCACUUCAAGUCUUUUGCUCACAACCAAUGGAAAACUCAAGAAAUAGGAAUGUUUUCUCUACUUAAGCAUUCAGGCAAAGGUUUCUUCGAAUUACUGUUUUCUCACUGUAGGAGUUUGUUUCAUGACAAGAAGUUAGUGGAGUAUUUGAAGCAGACUUCAUUUGAUGCUGUGUUUCUGGAUCCUUUCGAUGUGUGCGGAUUAACUGUUGCCAAGUACUUUUCUCUCCCAUCUGUGGUCUUCAGCGGAGGAAUAUUUUGUCACUACCUUGAUGAGGGUGCCCAGUGCCCCAGUCCUCCUUCCUAUGUUCCCAGAAUUCUCUCGAAAUUCACAGAUACCAUGACUUUCAAGGAGAGAUUGUGGAACCAUCUCUCCUACAUGAAGGAGCGUGCAUUUUGCCCCUAUUUUUUCAAAGGUGCUGUAGAAAUUGCCUCUGAAAUUCUGCAGACCCCAGUGACAAUGAGAGACCUCUUCAGCCCAGUGUCCAUUUGGAUGUUUCGCACUGACUUUGUACUGGAAUUCCCCAGACCUGUGAUGCCCAAUAUGGUCUACAUUGGCGGGAUCAACUGCCUCCAGGGAAAGCCACUUUCCAAGGUACAUCAUCUUUCCUUAAGCAGGUGA